AUGCCUCGCCUGACCCUCUCCGCACUGGCCAUCCUGGUCUCGACCUCUCUGGUCACCGCCCUGCCGGCUGCCCAGCCAUUCUCGGUCGAAAGCUGGGUGAAUGAUAUCAUUGCCAAUCCCGACGGCAACCAUCUCUCUCCCGAAGAAGCUGCCAAGCAAUACUCGCAGCCCACCGAGGGUUCUUUGGACAAGCGCGCGACUUGCCACGACACUGCCUAUGCACCAGCCAAUGUUCCCGAUGCUGUGGCGUGCAUCAAUCAGCUCGCUGGAAAGGGCGAGACGGCCUGUGUCAUUGCCGGCGCGAGCUCGCGCUUUUGUGAGAUCGGCGGAGCUGCAAUCGACGGAUUCGUUCCCGCCGGCGCGGAGGGAACCCAGGCUCCCUGCAGCGAGGUUGCCCGUGCCGCGGGUAGGAUUAUGGAUACGUGCUGGCGUGCGGACAACACGGUCAAGGGAUGGGAGGUCAACAACUCGGUUGCUUACAUUCAGAACUUGUUUUCCGCCGUUACUUCGAUCCUCCCUCUCGGAUACUUCAUCAUUCGCCCCGAAGAUCGUCCUGAGGGCGAUUCUCCUCCCAUUACCUUUGUCACUACAACACACAUCGCAGCUGAAACCGCCGUUGCCAUCCAUAUCAUUCCUGCCCCAUCUGGCAUCCUCAACGCCGUCGACGAUGCGAACUUUUCGAUACCACACCAGGAGCACCCAGACACUGUCGCCAAGAUGGAAAGCCACGGGCCGUUCUUCAGCGAUUUUCAGAGCAUCGGGCUCGACAAUAUGUGUAGUCUUCGCGACGCAUGGGCCAUCGUCUCUGGGAAAUCUUGGUCGUGGAGGAGAAGCUCAGGGAGGUUGUUGGGCCUCUCGACAGAGACAUGUCUCAGCUGCUUCGCAAUCUUGCAGGCCAUCCUACCACCCAAGAAGACGCCGGCUGAGAUUUUACACACCAACUACGAACGCCUGAGGAGACUCGCCGCCGGCGUACGCACCGGACGUGGCCUAUUCACCAAGGCUGAGACCGAGAACAUCCGCAACCAUCUCCUGAUUUUCAUGGAGGGUGCCUGCAAGCUACGGAACUUCAUCGAGAAGUCUAGGCACCACGUCUCAAAUGUGACGGGUGAUCCCAUUAGCGGCGUGGCCGCUAUAGCAGCUCGGUGGAAUAUUCUCUGUGAUAUAUUUGUUUGCACCAAGCUGUGUGUGAAUAAUAUUGAGAGACAGUUGGGACAACUCGCGACAGACUCGAGACAGAUGGAGGAGACUUACGGGGUGAGUCUCAGAACUCAGUUAAGCGUUACGCCGAGGGACGCAAGGAAUGUGAAGAUAUUGGAGGAUAAGAUGGCCAAAUGGAUGAGUACGAUUGUAGGAACAGUGAAACAGUUUCAUCGGUUCGAGUUCGAGGGCUGA